ACCACGUCCGAGCUUUGAGCCUCAUCCCCCCAACGUCCAAGGUGAUUUGCCUUUUAUCGACGACCUUCACUUUCACGGGCCUCGCCCACCAUUCGACCCGUUCGUCCGAUGAUACCCUCACCUGCGCCUCUCGAGUCGUCGCGCUCGCCAAAUCUAUCUAUACAACAAACUUCGAAUUCAAGAUGAAGCUUAAACUCACAACGAAACCUCAAGGCGCGCCAGAGGGCGCACCCUCAGCAGCGUCACCUGCGAACGAAGCCCCCGGAGCAGUUCCCACGCCUGCAAGUGCUACAGGACCGAAGCUGAAGUUCAAGUUCGGCUCACAAGCAUCCGCUUCGGCAGCACCACCAGCGGUCCCAUCCACAGAUGCGCCAUCUACAGAGGCUCCCAAGCCGAAGCGCAAGUACACGAAGAAGCCGAAACUGGACGAGAAUGGGAACGUGAUACCGCCUGCGCCGAAAGCGGCGCCGAAGCCCAAGAAGCGUCCGCUCGAGGAGGGAGACCGAGAGACAUCGCCCGUCGCGAAGCGCAAACCUAAGCCAACGGCGAAGAGCCUGGAGAUGGCCCUCAUAGACGACGAGCUGGAGGAGGAGCUCCAGGCUCCAGCGCCUGCGCCUGCACCCGCGCCAAAGAAGAUCGCACCCCCUGUUCGUGCUGGCUCGACGAUCAAGCUCAAGAUGAAGGGGGGCCAACCCACGAUCCAGAAGUCAAAUACUACAUUGAUCAAACUCAAAGGCGCGCACGGGAAACCGCCGUAUAGACCCCCCGGUGUUGGUUAUGACAGCGAGGCGGACGAAGCAGAGGAAGAUCCGGCUAUAGAAUCACAGUUCGUACUGCGCAUGCAACCUGGACCCGACUGCGACCUCCUCAGAAAGGCGAUCGAGGAGAAGACGAUUGGCAAGAGUGUGUCUCACGGUGGACCGGGCGUACAGUUCAGGUUCUUCGACAGAGAAGGGCGACGCGCUACCGUCUUGAUACAGGGGCGACUUUACGCAGCGUGUAUGGUAGACCUACCUUGCGUGGUGGAAUCCAUGAAGAGCUGGAAUAAGAAGGACUGGGUUAAGACAGCCGACGUGUGCCAAAUGCUGCUCGUCUUGGGGCGUGUUACGAGUGAAGAAGAGGCUAAGAAGUUUGACAUACCUCGCGACAUCAAUACCUCGUCUCAUCAAUACCCACAUGGCUUGACACCGCCAAUGCACCAUGUUCGCAGGCGCCGUUUCCGCCCACGAGUCAGUUAUCAUCGAAUUGAACAAGUUGAAGCUGAGGUAAAUGCCCUGCUGGAAACGGACCGCAAGGUCAGCCAAGGAGGCGGACGAGCAGAAUUCCAAGUCAUCGAUGCUGAUAAGGCUGACUCCUCGGAGGACGAAUCGUCAGACGAGGAUGCGGAGGGUGAAGAUGAUGAUAUGGUCGAUGCACCCGAAUAUGUCGUGGAGACACCUGGCGGCGAAGAGCUCGAGGUGGAUAAUGCCCACUUGGAGCAGAUGCUGGCAGCAGGCUUCGAAGAGGAAGACGACGAAAUGAGUGGCCUAUUUGGUGGUGAUGGAGGCGCGGGAGGUGAAGUCGAAGUAGACAUAGGGACGCCUGCGACUGCCCACGACGUUGCCAUGCACGCCCUUGGAGACCAUGCCAUACCUACGGUCGAGUCCAGUGCUCCGAGUCCGAAUGCAGCGACCUCUGGAGAUGAUGACGAUGACGACGAUGAUGAUGACGAGGGAGACACUGGUGAUGACGGUGAAGUCGAUGCGGAAGCAGCCGCCGAGCUCGCUGGUCGUGAGACACAACUGGCCGAGAUCCAGGAACUGGAACAGGAAAUCGAGACCGCUCAAUCCCAGUACAGCACGAUCAACAACGUGCUUUACAAGCAGAGACUGAAGACCAAGAUCGACAGGCUGCGGACGGAUCUCAACCUCAAGAAAGCUGCGCUGGGUAUCGAGGACGAUGGGGAUUAACAACUUGCGUGAAGUAAUAUUGGUUUACUUCACCCAAAAAGGCGUUCUACAGGUCAAUUAUUUCUACGUGAUUCAUCGUCAACAUGGCGGAUGUCAUCAGCAUUUGCAGGAGUUCCCGGAUGGCAUAGACUGGUUCUUAUUGCGACCCCUAUCCGUCGUAUACAUCAGUAGUACUUUCGUAGCAUUUUAAUCCAAGCCACUGAUAAUCAUUCAUUAUUUACAACAUACGUGCAUUCAUGAAGGAACACACGGCUUUGAACAACUUAAACAAG